AACAUGUUUUAAUGGCAUUUGUUUUCACUUUACCCAGCUGACAACAUUACAAUUAUUCAUAAAUUUAGUUCACCUCGUUUGGAUAUUCUUUUAGCGGUUUAAUUUUGCAAUGCCUAAUAAGAAAAGUGGGCAAAGGAAGAAAGCGGAGAAGCAAAAGAUCCGCCAGAAGCAAAUCCGGGAAGGAAACGAAUCGCUAGAUCUCGGUAAAAUGCCUUGCAACGCGGUUAUGGAAUGCGACAAAUGUAAGAAGAAACAAAAAAGUCGAGCUUUUUGCUAUUUCUGUAUGUCGGUACAGCGGUUGCCGAUGUGCGCUCAUUGCGGGAAGACCAAGUGCCUCCUGAAGACGGGCGACUGCGUUGUAAAACACCCGGGCGUUUUCACAACGGGGAUGGGGAUGGUCGGUGCGAUCUGCGAUUUCUGCGAGUCCUGGGUUUGCCACAGCCGCAAGUGCCUCAGCACGCACGCUUGCAGCUGUCCUCUGCAGAACGCCGUCUGCGCCGAGUGCGAAAGGGGCGUCUGGGACCACGGCGGUCGGAUCUUCAGAUGCUCCUUCUGUUCGGAAUUCCUUUGCGAGGACGACCAGUUCGAACACCAGGCCUCGUGCCAGGUACUGGAGUCGGAGAACUUCAAGUGUCAGUCCUGUAACAAGCUGGGGCAAUACUCCUGCCUGAAAUGCAAAGUAUGCUACUGCGACGACCACGCCAAGAGGAAAGGUUUUAAGUACGACAAGAACAAGCCUCUUCCCUGUCCCAAAUGCGGUUUCGAGAUGUCCCAUACCAAAGAUCUGUCCAUGUCGACUCGAACGCAUAAAUUCGGAAGACAAGCUAGCAAAAUAAACAACUAUGACGACACUUGUGAUGAGUACGGGCAAAAUACCUACGGAGAGAAUGAUACUUACACGGAAGGCGUGCAAGUAUAUGGAAACUCGCAGUCCGAGAGCACAGACGAUGAUUGAUUCAGAUCCAACAAAUGAAAAAUAUUCAAUAAAAUUCUUUCUCUUUUUAACUAUUCAUAACAAUGUAUAGUAUGUUCUUAAUUAAAAUUCCAAACAAUUUUGCCUUCGAUCA